AUGCCUGACACCAACUCCAAAUCCACCACCACCACCACCAAUACGUCGACGACAACAAAGGCGCCGAAACGGAUCCACCAAGUCGUCAAACUCAAACGCGAACACUAUGAAGCCUACAAAGCAUGUCAUCAAGCCGUAUGGCCCGAGGUCCUAGAACAAAUCAAGGCCUCACAUAUCGAAGAUUAUUCCAUCUCCUACGAACCCUGUAGCGGCCUUCUGUUCGCCAGCUUCAAAUACACUGGCAUAGAUUUCGCGGCCGACAUGACGAGGACGCGCGAACAUGGACCCACACGCGAAUGGUGGAAGAUGACGGAUGGGUUUCAGGAAAGUCUCAACGAGGGAGCUGUCAGCUCGGAAAUGGGUGGUGUGAAUGGGACACCGGGAUGGUGGAAGGAGAUGGAGGAGGUUUUUCAUCUUCCCUAA